AUGUUUAGUCAGUUGCAGAAAGCUCUAUAUGGUCUAAAGCAAGCCCCUCGUGCUUGGUUUCAACGUCUCGGCUCUUUUCUCAUUCAACUUGGUUUUUAUUGCAACCGUUCAGACACGUCGCUAUUCAUUUUUCAUAAGCACUCUAACAUAAUCUAUUUGCUUCUCUAUGUUGAUGAAAUCAUUAUUAUAGGCAACAACUCAUCUCUCCUAGCUACCUUUACUUGGAAACUCAAUUCUGAGUUUGCCACCAAAGAUUUAGGUCUUCUCAGCUACUUCCUUAGUCUUGAGUCUACAACCACCUCUGAUGGCCUCUUCAUCAGUCAAUUGAAAUAUGCACGAGACAUUCUCACACAUGCCCAGCUACUUGACAGCAAACUUGUUCAUACCCCCAUGGUAAUACUCCAAACCCUAUCUGUUGAUGGUCUUUUGUUCUCGAAUCCUACACUUAACAGAUCUCUUAUUGGUGCUCUCCAAUAUUUGACCAUCACCCGUCCAGAUAUUGCUCAUGCUGUCGACUCUGUUAGUCAAUUUCUCCACUCUCCGACUGAAGACCAUUAUCUUGCUGUCAAAUGCAUUCUUCACUAUGUUAAAGCCACGUUGCAUUUUGGGCUCAUUUUUAUCCCAUUCUUUGCUCCUGGUACUUUAGUUGCUUACUCAGAUGCAGAUUGGGCAAGCUGCCCCGAUACUCGUUGCUCUACCUCUGAUUACUCUAUUUAUCUUGGCGGCAAUUUGGUUUCUUGGAGUGCUAAGAAGCAACCUACCGUUUCUCGCUCCAGUUGUGAAUCUCAGUAUCGUGCUUUAGCUCUCACUGUUGCUAAACUUCUUUGGCUCACACAUCUUCUCAGUGACCUCAAAGUAUUAAUUCUACAAAGGCCUCUCCUUCUAUGUGACAACAAGAGCGCCAUCUUCUUAAGCUCCAAUCCAGUUUCUCACAAACGGGCCAAGCAUGUUGAACUUGACUACCACUUUCUUCGUGAACUUGUUCUCGCUGGCAAGCUUUGUACCCAGUACAUGCCUUCUCAUUUGUAA